AUGCCUUCGCUGGACGUAUCCGAGUCUUUGGGGCUUGAUUAUUACGUGCAAGUGUUGGAUUCCGCUGUAGCUCAGCAAUGGACCAGCUCCACUAUCUCCAUUCCUCUGAAGGGGGAUGAAGAGGUUGUGAUAGAUGCCAACGACGAGCUGCCUGAGGAUCCCACAGAACUCUGUGAUCUUUUGGAAAACGAAGAGGCAGGAAAAGAUCAGUGGCUUUCUAUUGCAAGAGCUUAUGCCAAUCAGGGUAGAUUUGAUGAAUCUGCCGAGGUCAUCAAAAGAGGGUUGAGCUCAAGCACCAUCAUUGACUCUACUAGUGAUGUUCAGGCCAGUUUCCACACGUUUCUAGCCUGGUUAUAUCUCUCACAGCAGUUCAAGUCGCAAGACUCAUUUUCUCUCGAUCUGGCCAAUAACGAAUCAAACACAGCGUUCUCAUUGAACCCAGAGUCACUCAACACUGGGCUUGCUAUGGGCAUAUUAAGCUUGGAGUCAGAAGGCAAAUUAGAUAGGGCCUCCUCCAUCUUUGACGAUAUUUUGAAAAGACAGCCUUCCAAUUGUUAUGCGUUCAUGGGAAAGGCAAAGGUGUUGUUCCAGAAGGGAAACUACUCCGCUUCGUUGAAGCUAUUCCAAACUGUUCUGUCUAACAACCCUCUCAUCACUCCAGAUCCAAGGAUUGGAAUUGGCUUGUGUUUCUGGAAGCUGGAUAAUAAGUUGUUGGCUAGGAAGGCUUGGGAAAACUCUUUGAAGGUUAACCCAGAUUCCAAGUCUAUUGCUAAACUGCUGUUAUGUUUCAGUGCGUUUGACGAGUGUUUCACUGGCUCUCAGAGCGAUGAACACUUUUUGGCAGGAUACGCCGAAGCUUUGACUCAACUGAAAGAAAUAUAUACUGGAGGAUCUCAUGAUGAGUCCAUUCUCAUUGUUCUGGCUUCGUACUACUACUCAUGCGGAAAAUACGAUUUAGUGGAUCAGAUUUGCAAUAAGGUGCUCGCUUCCUCCAAGAGCCCCAGCGUGGUAGGUGAUGCCCAGUUCUGGCUUGGGAGGUGUCGCUUUGCCGAGAGGCAGUACGUUGAAGCCCAGAAGCACUUUCUGGAUUCCAUUAAGGCCAAAGAUGACAAUCUCCUGGCGAAGAUUGGAUAUGGCCAGUGCCAGAUAGCUAGAGGAGAAUUCGGUGAAGCUAUCAUCUCUUUUGAGAAAGUGUUGAAGGAGAAUCCCAAAACAUUAGAGGUUAUCUACAUUCUGGGUAUACUAUACUCGAAGGAUAAGUCUUCAACUACGAAGUCCAUCUCGUACUUGGAGAAAUACCUUCAGUUGUGCAAGGAGUCUGGUUUCACUGUAUAUCUUCCAGCGUAUCUGUCGCUUUCGCAGGCAUACGAGGAUGAGAACACCACCAAGUCUCUCAAGUACCUGCAGCAGGCAAAAGAGCUCCUGGAAUCUGAGCAAAAGAAUGUUCCUUACUCUCUGCUAAACAACAUUGGUGUCUUCUCGUUACUGAGAGUCGAGAAGGGAAAUCCUUCUGUCGAUAUCUUUGAUGAAGCGUUAGAAGCCCACAAAGAACAAGCUGGAUCGGAUGCCGUCUCCGUUAUUUUGAAGUACAAUAAGGCCCGUGCUCUUGAGUCCUCUCAGGAAACUGUUUCUGAUGCUAUCAGACUUUACGAAGAGAUCUUGGAUGUUUGCCCCAACUAUGCCAGUGCCAAAAUCAGGUGGCUCUUGCUAUCAAGUCUAUCAGGCGACAAUGUCGUUAAAAACGAAGUUUUGAACUUGUUGGAAGCCAAUCCAGAUGACUUGGAAGUGAGAUCGUUUUACGGGUGGUAUGCGAGAAGAUACGGUAGACAGCAGGAUAUCAAACAAGAGGCCGAAUCUGAACAUCAUCGUGAUACCUUGGUGAAGUAUGACUCUCACGAUCUUUAUGCUUUGAUCUCUCUCGGUAAUGUCUACUGUGCGAUCGCUAGGGACAUCAGGAACGGCUCUGCAAAGGAUGAAGAGAGAAAAAACGGAUACUACAUCCGUGCUGCUCAGCUUUAUCAGAAAGUGUUGUCGAUUGAUCCCAAGAACGCAUAUGCCGCUCAGGGUAUCGCUAUAAUCUUUGCCGAUAGGAAGCAAUCUGGAGCCGCUCUGGAGAUCUUUAGAAAGGUGAGAGACUCUCUGCAAGACAUGUCCGUUUACAUCAACCUGGGAAACUGCUUAGUGGAAGUCAAGCAGUAUGCUAAAGCUAUUGAGAGCUACGAUAUUGCACUGAGCAAGUUUACCAGCGGAGAAGAUUCUAGAUUGUUUGUGCUGUUGGGUAGGGCAUGGUACGGAAGAGGUGCUUUUGAGAAAAACUUGGAUGCUAUAAGGCAGAGUUUGGACUUUUCCAAAAAAGCUUAUGCACUCAAUCCAAUCCCAGCGUUGUCUUUCAAUGUUGCUUUCGUCCAGUUCCAGGUUGCUGAUUUCAUAAGAAGACUACCCGAACAGAAAAGAACGGUGGAGUCAUUGGAGGAUGCCUUACAGGAACUUGAGGAAGCCAUUUCGAGUCUGGAAAAACUGGCAGAUGAGCCUCAUCCUCCUUAUCCAGCCGAAGAUAUCAAAGCAAGGGCUUCCAUGGGUACAAACACAUUGAAGAACCAGCUUAUCAGGUGCAUCGAAGAGCAGAAACAGUACGAAAUCAAGACCGCCGAGAGACUUGAGGAAGCCAAGAAGUUGCGUGCUGAGCAAGAGGAGAAACUUGCAGAAGCCAAAGAAAGAGAACUCGCCGCUGCUCGUGAAAACGAGAAGAGGCUGGCUGAAGAAAGAAGAAAGCUACAAGUGGAGGCUGAAGACUGGAUCAAAAACCAGAUCGACCUUGCCAAGGACGAGAACGACGAGCUGGAGCCAACAGAAGAUGGUGCCGAAAAAGAACCAAAGAAAAAGAAGGCUGCAUCUGGUACUCGCAAGACGAGAAAGAAGAAGGCCAAGAUUGUUGAUUCUGAUGAAGAGGAAGCAGCUGGAGAAUCCAAGGGUCCUGUCCCUAAGAAAAGAAGGGUCAACUCUAAAAAGCCUGAGUUAUCGAAUGAGUUCGUUGUCGAUAGCGAGGAAGAUAUGCCUGAUGUGAAUAGUGACGCUAAUGACGAUCCUAGCGAGAAGGAGGCUAACCCCAGCGAUGAUGGUGAUGACGGCGAAGAAGAAGGUCUAUUCUAG